AUUUCCACGCCCAAUUCCAGACUUCACGAUCUCCAAGUGGCCCAUCGCUCGCUCCGCAUUCACCAAUCCCGAACCAAACCGCAAUUGCGAGUGAUCUUCCCGAAACCACGGACGCCUACGACACAUCAUGCAUUUCGCCAUGCCCCCAAGGAAAACGUCGCGACCACCGCCCUAUGCCGCCCGCAACCAGAGUGGAGGCAUUGCGAUUCCGCCUGCGCUCAAGAAUCUCCUUCGCAGCAGGGCAGGACGGUUGAUAGUCGGCGGUGUACUGGGCUUCUUUGUCCUGAUAUGGAUGUUGAGUGGCAGUGGAGGAACCAGCAAGAGGACAGCUUCUAAAGUUGGGGGUUGGACAGCCGCGAACAUACCCAAGCCGGCGAUAGGGAGCGGACCGCCUGUGGUGGUGGUUACGACUAUAGAUCCCAAGGCGGAUCCCGUCUGGAUACAAAAGAUCAAGAGCAAUAGGGAAGAAUACGCCAAAAAACAUGGCUACCUAACCUUCUUCCCCACGGCAGACCAAUACCCCAUCGGCAACUCCCCCUCAACCUGGUCGCGCGUCCCCGGCACCCGCCACGCCAUGACGCUCUACCCUACCUCAACAUUCUUCUGGUACCUCGACGCCACGGCGCUCAUCAUGAACACCGCACUCCCCAUCCACACCUACCUGCUCACGCCCGCCAAGCUCGAGACCCACAUGAUCACAAACGCGCCCGUCGUACCACCCGACAGCGUCAUCAAAACCUUUAGCAACCUUAAAGGCGACAGAAUAGAUUUCGUCGUUACACAGGAUAAGGAUGGAUUGGCGCCGAGUAGUUUUGUGGUCAGAAACGGAGAGUGGGCGAAGUUCUUCCUCGAUGCUUGGUUCGAUCCGAUUUACAGGAGUUAUAACUUUCAGAAGGCGGAGAGUCAUGCAUUGGAGCAUAUUGUUCAAUGGCAUGGCACCAUCCUCGCCAAAUUAGCCAUGGUGCCGCAGAACCUCCUCAACGCCUACGCCACCGGUCCGGCAAGUCCCAAAGACGGACAAUUCAAAGAAGGCGAUCUCGUCGCCAAUUUCCCUGGCUGCGAUAAAGAAGGACGGGAUUGCGCGAAGGAACAAGAACAGUUCUGGGCUAUACUCGAGCAGGGCAAGAACUAGAAAAGUAAUGGACGUACCAGCCGCUUUCGACUACAUGACGGCAUGGUGUGGAACAUAAUUGCGCAACGUAGGAAGCUUUUGAGUAGAGGGCUGGAGUAGAUCUGUAUUGGAUAUAGGUGAAAGAAGGACAUUGGAUUGGCGUAAUGGGCGUAUGGAAGACGCGAUUGUCCUGGAGACGA